AGGGGGUGGGGCCACAGCGUGUCACCAGUGGAGACUGACUGGAGAUGUCCCGUAACUUGGGUGCUGAAGAUAACUUUUUUUUGGAUGAAAAUAGAUUCAAGCAGUAUUGUGAAGAAUUUGUUAAACAUUCGGAGGAAAUAGGGGAUGCUUGGGAGUGGAGAACUAUAAAGGACUUUCCUGAUGGUUAUAUAAGUAAAACACACUUCCAGAUAAAAAAUAGAAACAUCCCACCAGAUCUCAGACAGAAUGUUAAUGAGAUUGAGGAACAAACAUCAUUUACACAUUUUGAGGAAACCAUGGAUGAUUCUCAAGUAGCUGGAGUCUGUGCAGCAACAGAAGUGAUUCGCUAUGAGUAUCAUAUCUUGUAUUCCAGCAGCUACCAAGUACCUGUUUUGUACUUUAGGGCAUGCUUUCUAGAUGGAAGACCUUUAACUUUGGAUGAAAUAUGGGAUGGUGUUCAUGAGUGCUACCGUGCUCGUUUACUGGAGGGUCCCUGGGACACCAUUACACAACAGGAGCACCCAUUACUUGGUCAGCCAUUCUUUGUUCUUCAUCCCUGCCGAACGAAUGACUUCAUGGCUUCUGUAUUGGCACUCUCACAAAAAGAAAACAGGUAUAUGAACUACAUUUCUUCAUGGCUGAGCAUUGUAGGUCCAGUUGUGGGUCUAAACUUACCCCUGAGUUAUGCAAAACUAGGGUCUGAGCAGAAGAUGAAUGUAGAUUAAAUCAAAAGGCCGUGGAACUGAAGCACAAGUCAUGGUGAGCAGUAAAGCCUUGCCUACAGCUGAGCUCCAGCACAAGUCACACAAAUCAUUCACGGCCUGUGUGUACAGCUUAGAAAGACUUGCUGUUUGGGGCUCUGUCCUCUGGCGGCAACAAGCCUAAUGACAGCUGGAGAUCUAAAUGUUGCUUGCAAUUAUGACAGCAACACUCAAGCUCCACCAAGAGAGGCUACAUUCCUUGUGACAGCUGUGGAAUCCUGAGGAAUCACUUAUUUCCUUACCUUAGAUGUUCCAAUCCUUUUUUUUCACCUGAGCUUGGUAAGGGCAAGAAAGAUUCCUGAUGUGAGAUUGAAAUGUAAAGUUUGAUUCUACUGGAAGAAGCCAGAAAGUAUUAUUGUGUAUUUGUACAAAUCUGUACACACAUUACUUCAGACAUGUACAGGAAAAUGCAAAUACUGUGAAGGUGUUGAAAUAAUUUCAGGAUUCAUGUGUAACCUGGGGUCAGCAAGGGCUACUUAGAGGCCAAAUACAUGGAUGGUCAGACAACCCGCUACAGGAAGGGGAACACUGUGUGUGUGUGUAUUGCGUCAUGGGAUGAGUGUGACUGGUGGCUAGAUCGUCCGUAUUGACUAAGCAUAUAGAAUUCUAGAGUUCAGUGUACCUUAUGCAAUCAUUUGUGAACAUGUGGCUUUUUGCCUCUUCAUUGCCUCUGAAGAGAGAAGUGUCUUUCCUGAGGGAGGUUACUGUUGUAGUAAAUUAGCAUUCUUGGUAGUGCAGUAGCUGUUCACAAACAAAAGCCCUGUGCUGCAAUCCAUGCUCUAGCAAAUCUGCUGCAGACAGCACAGGAGUAUUGAGGGAGUCAGGAUCAUGUAAUGGGGCAAUCAGUAAAAACCAACCUAGAAAUAAUGUUAGUGCAAACAUCACUUUUCAUUUCUUCCCAGUCAUGUUUUGUUCCUAAUGUCCAAUUUGUAUUUUGUACUGUUGCUGAGCAGACAAGGCAGUUACAGAUUUCAUAUUAUCUUUUCUGUGCAACUGACACCUGCCUAUGGGUCAAAUAUUAAAAUAAGUUGAAUGGCAUUGGAAAUGUAAAAAUUUAAAAAAUAAAUCUGUAUUUUCAGAA